UGAAGAUGCCGGAAAGUAACUUCGCAGAGGGCAGCGACAGAAGCGAGGAGCAGGUGUCUGGUGCUACAGUCAUCGCCCAGGCCCUGAAAACGCAAGACGUGGAGUACAUGUUCGGCAUCGUAGGCAUCCCAGUGACCGAAAUUGCCAUUGCCGCCCAGGAGCUGGGCAUCAGGUACAUCGGGAUGAGGAACGAGCAAGCGGCUUGUUAUGCUGCCUCCGCAGUUGGAUAUCUGACAGGCAGGCCAGGAGUAUGCCUUGUUGUUUCUGGCCCGGGUCUCAUCCACGCCUUGGGUGGUAUGGCAAAUGCAAACAUGAACUGCUGGCCAUUGAUUGUGAUUGGUGGUUCCUCUGAAAGAAAUCAAGAAACAAUGGGGGCCUUCCAGGAGUUUCCUCAGGUUGAAGCUUGUAGAUUAUAUAGCAAGUUCUCUGCUCGGCCAAGCAGCAUAGAAGCUAUUCCAUCUGUUAUCGAAAAGGCAGUUAGGAGCAGUAUCUAUGGUCGUCCAGGUGCUUGCUAUGUUGACAUACCUGCAGAUUUUGUGAACCUCCAGGUGAAUGUGAAUUCUAUAAAGUACGUGGAGUGCUGCAUGCCACCUCCUGUUAGCAUGGCAGACACCUCAGCUGUCUGUAUGGCAGCAUCUGUUAUUAGGAAUGCCAAGCAGCCCCUUCUUAUCAUCGGGAAAGGUGCUGCUUAUGCCCAUGCAGAGGAGAAUAUCAGGAAAUUGGUGGAGCAGUGUAAAUUGCCAUUUUUGCCCACCCCUAUGGGGAAGGGUGUUGUCCCUGACAACCAUCCAAACUGUGUAGGUGCAGCCAGAUCGAGGGCUUUGCAAUUUGCUGAUGUAAUUGUGUUGUUUGGUGCCAGACUAAAUUGGAUUUUACAUUUUGGACUGCCUCCAAGAUAUCAGCCAGAUGUGAAGUUUAUCCAGGUUGAUAUCUGUGCAGAAGAAUUGGGAAAUAAUGUAAAGCCUGCUGUGACUUUGCUAGGAGACAUAAAUGCUGUCACUAAGCAGCUUUUAGAACAAUUUGAUAAAAAACUGUGGCAGUACCCUUCAGAGAGCAAGUGGUGGAAGACACUGAGAGAAAAAAUGAAGAGAAACGAAGCUGCGUCCAAGGAAUUAGCUUCCAAAAAAUCCCUGCCUAUGAAUUAUUACACAGUAUUCUAUCAUGUUCAAGAACAACUACCCAGAGACUGUUUUGUGGUAAGUGAAGGAGCAAAUACUAUGGACAUUGGACGCACUGUGCUUCAAAACUACCUUCCCCGUCAUAGGCUUGAUGCUGGUACUUUUGGAACAAUGGGAGUUGGUUUGGGAUUUGCUAUUGCAGCUGCCGUAGUGGCUAAAGAUAGAAACCCUGAGCAACGGGUCAUCUGUGUGGAAGGAGACAGUGCAUUUGGGUUUUCUGGCAUGGAGGUAGAAACCAUCUGCAGGUAUAACUUGCCGAUCAUACUCUUGGUGGUGAAUAAUAAUGGAAUUUACCAAGGUUUUGAUUCAGAUACUUGGAAAGAAAUAUUAAAAUUUCAAGAUGCUACUGCAGUGGCCCCUCCAAUGUGUCUUCUGCCAAACUCGCACUAUGAGCAGGUCAUGACUGCAUUUGGUGGCAAAGGGUAUUUUGUACAAACACCAGAAGAACUCCAAAAAUCCCUGAGGCAGACCCUGGAAGAUGUCACUAACCCCUCUCUUAUCAACAUCAUGAUUGAUCCACAAGCCGCACGGAAGGCCCAGGAUUUUCAGUGGCUGACCCGCUCUAAUAUGUAAAUACAGAUGCCAGUGGGUGGUAUUGAGGAAUUUUCUCUUUUCUGCAAGAUGGAAUUUUAUUUGCCACAACAAAAUUACUAUAAUGUUAAAAUCAUGCAAAGAAAAAUAAAAA